UCAAUGUUAUCGAAGUGGUUAUAAGACCCAAUAUUCAAGCAUCUAGAUGAUGAAAAUAAUGAUUAAAAUAUAGUUGCCAAAAUAAAGACAAAUUUGGUAAUAAAAGGCAAUUAAAUCAACUAAGAAAGGUGUAAGUAAGAUAUGUGAUUGGUUUAAAAAGUGAGAUGAGAUGUCUUCCACUUUGGUAAUUACACAGACAGCUGAAACUGAUCAAAACUAUGCCGGGGCACAGGAAGAGGUGGAGGAAGAGGUUCCACCGAGGGAGGCAGAACUGUUUGAGUUCGACAACUGUUCAAAAGGACUAGGUAUAAAGAUCUGUGGUGGGUGUAGUUUGGAUGGGGAAGAGUUAAAUGGUGUGUUCAUCAAAAGAGUUUUACCCGGUGGUCUUGCUGAGGCACAAGGUGGUUUGAAGAGGGGUGAUCAAAUACUGGAAGUUAAUGGAGAUAGCCUAGAGGGUGUCACCAAUGAUAGGGCAGUGUCAAUAUUGAGGCAAGCUUGUGCAUCGAAUCAUGUAGAAAUUGUGGUAUCAAGGGAUGAGCAAGCAAUUAAAGAGUUCAAAGAGAUUCUAGAAAAGACAGCAAACUGUAGUGUUCCUGGCACACCUGUACCAUCAGAGCAAAGUAGAAAGACAUCUGUGGUAAGAUCAGAGAAUGGGGCCUCAAAUAGACCAGAGCCUGAGACAGUUACUCCAAACACCCAGGAAGGGCAAACACCACCAGUGGCACAAGACAGUCCAAAUACACCUGUCAAUAGUAGUGUGAUGCCUAAACUAGCAUUUAGAGGUCUCAUACCUAGCAUGGCUUCAACUCCCCAUCAGAAAGGAUCCACUGCAACUGUAGGAUCAGGAAGUUCUGGUUCUCGCUUUUCAAGCUUCCCUAAUGUAGAGCCAUCACCAGUUGGGGUACCUGUGUCACUGUCCGAUACCUUCAUGUCCAGUGGCUCUGUGUUUGAACCCAAUACCAAUGAACCACCACAUCAACGACAGUCCCAUGCUACUUCAUUGACAAGGAAACUGUCUAUAGAUCCGUAUGUAAGAUUGAAAGUGGAGAAGUUAAAUGCUGCAUUGAGAUAUCUUGGUUUAGACCCCACCCCUGAGAAGGAGUUUCAAAUGAGGUCACAACUAAAUAUAGAUUCAAGGGAAACAGUGCAUUAUGGGGAGUUUGUAGAGGUUGUGAGAGAAGUGUUCAAGUCGGAGUUAGCCGGUAAGAAUAUUGGUACAAGUACGAUGAUGUUUGCUGCCAGUGAUAUCACAGAUCUGGUGGAACCGCCGGCAUUUAGAUCAGAGAUGAAUGGUGGGGCAAGUGGUGUAAGUCAACCCGAGUUAGAAUUGGAGAAUGAGGAACUGAGGCAGGAAAAUAUGAGAUUACAGGUGCUAUUGAGAGAAAAAGAGGAUGAAGUUUUGAGAAUAAGAAAGGAGGCUCAGGGUGCUAUACAGGAACAAAGGGAGUUACGUAGUAAAGUGCAUUUAGCAGCUAAGGCCCAGCAGGUGGCUAGAGAUAUGGAACAUGACUACGAGGAGGUGGUGAGACUACUGGAGGGAGAAAUAGCUCAGCUGAAAUUACAGCUUGGGAGACAAUCGGAAGGCGACCCUAUCAUGCAGAGACGUCUGGCUGUGCUGACAUGUCAGCUGAGGAAAGCUGAGUCCGAGAAGGAAACAUUUAAAGUUGCUACAGAAAAACUUUUACAAUUUGCAGAGGGUGUACACGAGAUGACCAGUGAAAAUGGUGCAGCUUCCAGGCCUCUUGCUGGAGCCAAAUCAACAGGUGUGUUAGGCAAGCAUAAGAGAAGUACAAAAAGUAUAAAGACAAUGUCAACUGAAGCAAAAGACAUCGUAAAAUCUGUUAGAUCACUCAUUGAUACUCAACCAUUACCUUUUGGUUGGGAAGAGACGUAUACUUCAGAUGGUAUGAGAUACUAUAUUAACCAUUUAAAUCAAGUUACAACUUGGACACACCCACUUUCCAAUGUGACACACCUUCCUUCAGUGCAAGAUGACAAGAAAUCUAAAGGGGAGGAGCCUCAGCCAUCUGGGUCACAGAGUUGAUUCAUUUCACCUCACAUAGCAGGCAGGAUUAUUUUAAAUCAGAGGACAAAACCAUUAUUGCAUUUAUAGCUUAAAGAAAAUUUGUCACACUUUUUACAGGAUCUUUUUCUUCAUUUGAACUCUCACCUUCCUUUAUUUGCGUAAUGGACCUAUCCUGCUUUAAUUUUGGAAACUGUCCAUUGUUAGUUGUAGGGAUAAUCACAGAAUUGGUAGCUUGGAGCAGCCAACGGUAUAGAGCCUGGUCAAUCAGCUUGGAUGUGCCAUCUAAGCCAUGCCUGAGCAAGACAUUAUAGUUUAUAUAACUUCCAAUGGUUUGGAAAAAAAUGUUUGUACUACAAGGAAUUUUCAUGCUGUUU